AUGGAAAGGCCCCAAAACAAAAAGGAGGUAGGGCCAGCUCUUUCUCCGCUCACGCCAGCCUUCCGCCGGCGGCCUCGCCUUUGCCGUCCCGGGGCCGCGGCUCGUUUCCGAACCUCUCCCGCGUUGCAAGCAGUUGCAGGAGGCGUGCUUUCCCUUCCCUUUCUCCACGGGGCGGGGGUGGUUGGGGAGCGUGGAGGAGGCUUGCGGGAGCAGAAAUCAACUCCGCGCUUCUCUGCCCAUAAGCAAAAUGGCGGCGCCGGCUUCAGCCCGCGGCGGUUACGUCGGCUGUUGCGUCGGGCGGUGACGGCGCCGCCCCGCCCGGUGCGCGUGCGCAGCGAGGACGGGACGGCGCGUUUGUGCGCGAGCUGCGGCGGCCCGGCCGGUGAGGGCGGCUCGGGCCUGACCCGGGCGAUGGCAGAGGCCGAGGCGCUCAGCCCGCCCUCCGAGAGCGGCGAGGAGUCUUGGGAGAGUGGCGGCGAGUCGCCAGAAUGCGCCGAGAGGGCGGUAGCCGCGACUGCGAGCCGGGACCAGCCGGCGGUGAGCCCAGCGGCCCGGGAGCGGGUGUGCGGCCGCCUGCAGGACAGCAAGAGUCUGGACGGCAUCAGCCAGGUUUUGGGCGGCGUCCGAGGCCGCGACGGCAAACUGGAAGGGCGGAGGGCGACCAUUUCGAGCGCGCUGGAGCUGGAGGGCACGGUCAGCCACGACGGCGACCUCACCCACUAUGUGGCGAACAACCUGCAGCACAAGAUCAAGAUGAGUUCGAGGCAGAGCUUGGACCUGGAGCCUGGAAGCAGCGUGAAAACCAAAAGUAUGCAGAGGUUAAAAUCAGAUAUUCCUCCAAUAGAUCCUGGGGUACUGCAAGAUCUGGAGAGAGAUGCAAAGGAGGUGGCACAAAAAGUUGACCAAAUGAUGAGAGGCCUAAAUGCUACUAUCCAGAAUAUGACAGCACUCAGUGUGGGCUACAUUCAGACUUACCGGGAUUCGGUCGACAGUCUUGGAGAGUCGGUAGAUAUGAGUAUAAAGGGCAUGUACACACUAAUGGCCCGCUGUGAAGAGUUGGACAGAUCAAUGCAGCCCAUUCUUGUGCUAUCUAAACAGAUCCGUGAGGUCAAAAGAACUUUGGAAAUGUUUGAAACACUCUGCAAGUAAAGACUGUUGCUGACAUAGUUUAGUAAUUGAACCUUUUUACAUAGUUUAGCUGCUUUGGACAAUGCCAUGAACUGCAGCACUAGCAAAACAAUCCAGUGUCGAAGGUAAGAAGACAAACUGCAUUGAAGAAUAUGGAAUUUGAAAUCCCACAGUUAGCAGCACUAGGGACACGGUGAUAAUGGCAUCUUCGUAUCCUACAAAGGCAGAUUGUUAUGCUGCUGAACAAAACUUCAUGCAUUUGGCUUGGGGAAAAUAAUGUUUACAAGUCUUUGAAGUUUAUACUGUGACCAGUUAGGAGCUUUGCAUGCAGGCAGUAAUAAUUCAUUACCUCUCAUUCUUCAAAUUGAAGACCUGCUGUUUAUGGACUAUUAUGAAUUUGCAAACUGGAUUGAACUAAUCACAUUUUCAGAUAGGGGGAGCAUGUUUUGGAGAACAGGCCUUGAUUGAUGGUGCAAAUGCAAAGCACUGUAAAUUUGCCUGUCUCAUGACUGGGAAGCACAAUCUGGAGAAAAUGUAAUAUUUAUCGUAAACUGCACUUGAAAUGAAUUUGUAGGGAAAGUAACAGGAGUAUGUAAUAUCAGAACUGUAACAAGGUAUGAAAAUAAGUCGUAGCUCUGGCAUAUAACUGCCUUGAAAUAGUCCUAAUUACUGAAGUUCAGUAACAUAUACAAAAGCUAUUUAAAUAUGAGAUAAUGUUUGAUUUAAAUUGAAAUGAUUUGAAUUUAUUUUGUAACUGCCUUUUUAAUUAAAUGAAAUAAGGCAGUAACUCCUUAGGUUUAGGUGUAACUCUAAAACCUUGAUAUCAAACAAUUUUAGAUAUAAUUGGGUUCUCGUAACCUAAUGGCUAUUUCUGCAUCUGGUAAUUAAUUUGAAUACUGUAAUAUUGCUAAUUAUUGCAAAGUUUUUACAAAGACCUGGAACUUCAAGUGUAAAACCAGAAUGGUGCAAUACAUGAUGAAUGUUAUCAUA